AUGGUGGAUUUCUGGUGGGAUAGAUGGUUAUUUGACGAACCGUUGGCUAUGUACUUGGGAAUGGAACAGCUGACACAUUUUUUGGUAGCUGAAUUUUAUGAAGGGGAUGCUUGGAAUGAGGAUAAACUGUUGCGAUGGGUGCCAAAUCAUGUGGUUCGAGCAAUUGAGGAAGUAUACUUCCAUAGUUCGGUAAAAGAUGAGUUCGUAUGGCUUUCUUCUAAUUCGGGUUCUUUCACUAUUACAUCUAUAUGGGAGUGCAUACGACACCGGAGGAAUGUUUCAGUGGUCGACUCAUUAUUAUGGUCUUCUACUUUACCGUUGAAACUAUCAUUUCUUGCUUGGAGAGCAAUUCGAAAUUAUCUUCUAGUUGAUGCUAAUCUUCAGAGACGUGGAGUUUGUCUUCCAUCAAAAUGCUAUUGUUGUUGCAAUGCAGAAGAGACGGUGCUACAUCUUUUUUUGUCUGGGCCGGUAAUAGUGGAGGUUUGGUCUCAUUUUGCUAAUAAAUUUGGGGUGAGCAUGGAUGGCUGUGGGAGUUUGUCCUCAGUCUUCUUAACAUGGCUACACUCAACUCCUUUGGCCUCUAAAAAUCAUAUAAGAGUAUUUUUUCCAAUAGUUAUUUGCUGGUGUCUAUGGUUAGAAAGGAAUGAUACUCAGUUUAGGGGUGUUCCUUGUGAGUCAGGGAGGGUUAUCCGUCAGGUGGACCAGUUUAUGGAGCUAUUGGGCACUUUGAGGAUGUUGAAAGCACAACAUUUUAAAGGGGAUAGGGACUAUGUGUUAUUUCAGUUUGCUACUAUGUUAGCCAAGAAGGUUCAACAUGUUGCGAUCGCUUGGGGGAAGCCUCCAUUGGGACACGUCAAACUUAACUCGGAUGCGAGUGUUUGUCAGGAACGUGCCUCUGGGGGAAGUUUGGAGAGAGGGGUUCAACCUUCGCAGGUUGAGGUGGAUUCUCGGGUGCUCGUUAGUCUGCUCUUGUCAAGAGAAGUAGCUAAAUGGCCUUUAUGUACGGUGUUAAAGAAGAUACGGAGGUUAUUAAUGUAUUUCUCAACAUCAGUGGUGCAUAUCUUUCGCGAGGCUAAUUCAGUUGCGGAUAGAUUAGCUGUGCUUUAUUUGCGAUCAGAUAGGAUCUUUGAGACUAUAUUAGAUCUUCCGCCAGCUGUUACAGGUGCUAUGGUAUUGGAUGCUCGAAGUGUUCCAUUUGUAAGGACUAUAGUUGACAACAUUUAG